UCUUUUCCUUCUCGAAAACACACACGUACAGGCCUGCUGCUUUAUACGACGUCGUUGCACGCAAUGGGACAUGCAGUGCGUGUUGUCAGAGCCCAUGAGCACCACACUCACAUUCCAAUUAAACAAACUACUGCUCAGCUCCACCAAUUUCACACUCAUAUUCAUACCUCUCUCUCUGCCACGACGUCGUUUACCCCGUUACAAACCCUAAUGAUUGAUGUCCCCGAUUUGCUCUCCUUUAUCUGAUUCAUCAAUUCAUCAAUGCCGGAUGCAGCGGCGUUACCCUCACUGCUGCUGUCUGCUCCGUUUUGAGUCUUCUGCGAUAUUGGACUAGGUUGGACUUCUGGCAAAUGGGAUUGGAGUCAGAUAAUCAGGGGAUGGCGUUUGCAGCUACUUCUAAACCCCCUGCAAAUAUAGCUGAAUUCGUUUCAAAAAUCACCAAAGUUUCUAAAUUUAGGUCCAUUGGUGUAUUUCAUACGUCCGAGAAUGUGGACCGCGACCAUGUUUACCCGAUGAUUUCUGGCAACAAUGCUCGUUUACCGGAUGAACAAAGUGACGAAGAUGCUCUGUUUUGCGCCAAAAAAAUCUCUCUGAAGCAUGCCGAGCUGCAAAAGAGUGGAAAUUUAUGCGCCCCUGUGGAGCUUGUGCAGUUGUUUGACACGCUUCUGGCUUUAAAAAUAGCGUAUGUUAAGCUCCAAGAAGCGCACGUUCCAUAUGAUCCCGAGAAAGUUAGAGUUGCUGAUGAAGAGGUUAUGUUUCAGCUUGAUAAGCUUGGCAAGAUUAAGAAGGCUUAUAAGGAGAAGCAAUUGAAGGAAGUUAAUGCCUCUUCUGCUGGUUCAGCUCUUUUUCUUGCUGAAGUUAAGGUUAAGGAGCAACAGCUGGAGAAGUUGAAAUCCCAAGCCAAGAACAAGGGCAAGAAAGUUGCUAAUUUGCGUAAAAAGCUUCAGGAGUUGGAAACGAAGAACCAAAAGCUGGCUGAAGAGAUUGAGGAGCGCGAGAGGGAAAGGUUUGCGGGUUUGAAUCAUUAUUCCUUGGAGAGUGUUGUCAGGGCAGUUGGAAAAGCUAUUCAUGAUUUUGCAAAGCCAUUGAUUGCCUUGAUGAAACAUUCGGAGUGGGAUCUAGACCAAGCUGCAUAUGCAAUACAAUCGUCGGUUGUGUAUGCAAAGAGGUCGCACAAGAAAUAUGCGUUUGAAGCUUAUAUCGCCAGAAGGAUGUUUCAUGGGUUUCUGCAACAGCCUUGCUUUUUAGGAAACAUAAUGAAGUUGGAUGACCCUAUCGUUGCUUUGAUUGAAGACCCACAAUCUAGUUUUGCCAAGUUUUGCAGAGCAAAAUACAUGCUAGUAGUUCAUCCCAGGAUGGAAGAAUCAUUCUUCGGUAAUUUGGACCACAGGAAUUUCGUGGCUAAUGGGAUUCACCCAUAUACCCCGUUUUAUCGUGCAUUUGUCAGAAUGGCAAGAUGUGUAUGGUAUUUGCAGGCACUGAUUGCUUACAUCGAGCCUGAAGCUGAAACUUUCGGUGUUAAGCAAGGAACUGAGUUCUUGGAUGUUUACAUGGAGGUUGUAGAUGAGCUCAAGGAGUACAAAACCAUGGACAACGACCACCAAAGAUACAAAGUUGAGUUCAUGGUAAUGCCUGGUUUUUUGCUAAGGAGCAGUUUGAUCAGGUCUCAAGUAUAUGUUUCUAAAGCGAAGUUCUCAAAUGGCUGACGUUAGGAAGAACGAAUGAGUUCCAAUACUGUUUGUGAGAACGUUUUGCAAAUUUUUCGCUAUUUCCAUUACAGUCCUAGGCAGUGGAUCAGGCUUCAGCUUGGCUUAAUGAUAUGGCAUCAUCGGUGCAUUCGAUGUAAGAUUAUCAGACUGAAAUACAUACUCUGUAAUUACUAAUUACAGUAUCUGCUGCAUCUUUGGCAGCGCUACUAUAUUGUGUAUUACUCUUAACUAGCAUCCUAUUUUGUAUAUAAAUUACCUUUAUGUGUUUCA